AUGUCUAAUUCCAGAUCCAACGCUCCCACUAUCAAACGGCGAGUAACCCGAGAGUCAUUAUUUACCAGCAAUACAAAUGCGUCUACUUCUAAUACAAAUAUCCCUUCCAUUAUCACGGAAUCUGUGUCGGAGGCCACCAAAGUGCUGGACACACCUGGUUGGGGCCACAAGGUCAUAUCCUACGUUGAAGACCACUCAUUGAUCCUAGAAAACAAAGCUAAUGCAGCACGGGAUCAGAUGGCUAAUGAACGGACGUUUUUAUCUUGGAUGCGGACUGGAUUGGUGUUGGUCACGGUGGGUGUUGCAUUCAUGCAGAUGUACUCGAUCCAAACCAGAGCUAGAGUAGCAAUUUAUAAUGGCACAGAGUACGAUAUGGCAGGAGAAGCGCCUUUGGAGUCGUUGGUUGGUCUAGGUAAGCCGUUGGGAUACUUGACAGGUAUUUUUGCCAUUUUGGUGCUGAUUUUUGGCCUGGUCAGAUUCUUUUCAACACAGUACAUGCUACAGCAACGGAAAUUUCCUGCUACGCGAGUGAUGGCGGCGAUGUUAUUAAUUUUCACAUUGGUUGUGUUAGUGCUUAUUCUUGCAAUCGAGAUAAAAUCUUCAUAG